AGGUUUCUGCCAGGCACUGAGCUCCAUGAUGACGGAUAAGUGUGCGUUACUCCCCCUGGGUACAGCCAACUCCCGGCACCCCCGUAGCCGAACAGCAGGAAUCCUGGUGCAUCUCUGUGACCUGCUCUCACUGGCACUGAGUAGCAACGGCGCUGAUUCAAGGCCUGGGCUAGAGAGAAGUUGCCCAGACGGAGUGUUUGGCAGUCGCUGCGUGGCAUCCCUGUCCUUGUGUGAUGGGUGGCUCCGUGCCCGCUCCCAGCAGUAUAACAGCACUGGGGCUCUGGGCCCAUUACUGCUGGUUACCCACGGAGACCUACCGGUACUGCAGGCAGAAGCACACAGGCUGUGUUCCCUCAUCACUGAGACUGCCCCCCGAAACCCCCGGCUCCCCCGGCACAUCCAGCAGCUCAGAGAGUCUAUUGAGGUCCUCUCAUGCACUCUCCCACGCACCCUGGGUGCUCUCUGUGCUCGGAUGGCACGGGACUUGUUUCACAAUCUGAUGCCCACGGGCAGAUACUGGCGAGGGAACGUCUCACAAGGUAGUAACGUGACCCCCAGUGAGUACAUUCUCUCAUCAGCCAAUUAUCUGCUUGUGCCAGUUGUGGGCGGGGCCUCCCACUUGCCCCAGGAAAGCCAGGUGGCGGCUCUUUCUGCAGCACUUGGGGCAUUUUUGGGGGCUUGGAUGGAGCAUAUCCUGCAGGAACGGCUCAGGUUCAGCCUGCAGGGGGCCCUCCAGCUGAGAUGUGACUGUGAGAGUGUUCGGGGGCUGUUGCAGUCUCCAGACUCGGGCCUUUCCGCGGAUGUGAGUGAGACCCUCCUGGCGCUGCCGGUGUUCCAGCAGUUGGAUAACGCCGUUACCUGUCUCCUCCAGCAGCCCCCCCGUAAGGCCCCCCUGCGCUCCUGUGCCUGCCCCCUGCUGUUCUGCUGCCCCCCACUCUGCAGAGCGGCGGUGGAGAGCGUGUCGGACAGCCUGCAGAGCCUGGACAGCCUGGAGCGCAGAGCGUGGGAGAGACGCCAGUCGGGGGCUGAGGUUCCGCGCCAGGGGCACCACCCUUACCUGCUGCACAACCAGCGCCAGUGGCUCGCCCUGCGGGUGCACAGAGGUUGGGGGGCCCUGCGGGUUCCCUGGGACGGACCUUGAUGUGCGACCCGCCUGUAACGGCAGCACCCAGGGGGCACGGCGCUAUGGUGGGUGCCAUACUGCCCCCCCGUCUCCCAGGCAACCACCAGUCUGUUUUUAUUAUGGACUUUCUUACUGGGCGGAGCUUAUUUUUAUUUAUUGGAGAUUUCAGCUUAAAUGUCUGUAUUUUAAUAAUUACACAUUUUUUUAUGAA